AUGCUUUUAGCAAGAGCUAUUGUAAGGACCGUGAUAUCUCGACCUAUCGGCUUAAGAAAGACAGGUGCGCGUAUAUGGCAUCCAUAUACACAUCAUCCUAUACUUAGAAAGAUAUCAAGUUCAGCAUGUUUGAGCAGUAAUGCUUUGUUGAGCAGAGCAGAGUUCACCGCAGGAGUGACAGCCCCGAGAUCAAAGAGAAUUGUCGUCGCUAUAACUGGUGCAACAGGAAUCGCUUUAGCAAUCAGACUUUUGCAAAUACUCAAACAACUGAAUAUUGAGACACAUGUGAUCAUAUCCAAAUGGGGCUUGGCUACAAUGAAAUUUGAAACUGACUGGAACGAAUAUGACCUCGCUGCGUUGGCGACGAAAACAUAUUCUGUCAAGAACGUUUCCGCCAGUAUUUCUUCCGGAUCCUUUCAGCAUGAUGGUAUGAUAGUGGUACCCUGUUCAAUGAAGACCCUGGCAGCCAUUAGAAUUGGAUUUACAGAAGAUCUAAUUACUAGGGCAGCGGACGUUUCUAUUAAAGAGAGAAGAAAACUACUGCUUGUCACACGUGAAACACCGUUAUCGUCAAUUCAUCUUGAAAACAUGUUGACGUUGUGCAAAGCUGGGGUUAUCAUAUUCCCCCCCGUUCCUGCCUUUUACACAUGCCCUAAAAGCAUCGAUGACGUAAUAGAGCAGAGCGUAGGUAGAAUUUUAGAUUGUUUUGGUAUUCAUGUGGACAGUUUUCCCAGAUGGGAGGGGAUAAAACGCAAUUUGUGA